AGCACCCUUUCAUAGUUUCAUCUCAGAGAGUUCAUUGGAGAAAAAUUUAUUUGUUGUUGUAUCCGGAUAUUUCUUUCAGUGUACCAACACGCCAGGGGCUUUACAACCUCCACAUCGUACGUAGAGGAUGCCGUAUUAUUUACUACAGCUGCAACCAUCAUGCCACCUCAGGCUUGUCCCGGCCGCCGCACCCGUGUGGACCGCUCCACUCCGCCCGGAUGUUAAGAUAGCGGCUCGCUCUCUCGAAUCAGUUAUGCUGACCUUCUUACCCGGCCUCGAUGCUACGUACUCCCGCCUGCUCUCCGCGUCUCUUGAUCGUCGCGAGAGGCUUCAGAAUUUUCUUCUCGACCGCGCUUCAGUGCCGUUCAUCGACUUCCACAGACAUUGGCCUGCAAGCUGUACCGAUCAAGCCUUAGGGUAUUCCUACACAUUAUGCGGUUACGAGGGGAUCAGUCACCGAGUCCUUCCAAUUACAAGGAUUGCGGAGCUCCAACUUCCAGACCAUCGAGAUCGCGAUUGCGAUUGUCGCCACCGAUUCCCAUUUGAGACCGGACCCGUUUUCCAUAAAUCAGGCUGACUGCAGGCUCGGCAGCGGCUCUUGGCUCCUGAUGUUGAAAACUUUCGGCGAUUCUCAAGCUGCGGGAUCAGUGGAACUGGCGCAGUCGUGGUGCUGGCCGCGCCGCGUUCCAGACGGUUUUCGCCAUGAACACGAGACCUACGAAAUCAA